AUGGUGGCUGUGGGCGGCGCGCCCGGUUCCGACACUGGUCGGCCGGCCUCAUUCUCCCCCCCAGCAGCAGCAGCAGCAGCAACGUUAUCGGGGAGUGAGCGGAGAAGCCUGACACCCAUUGGCGUUUCGCGGGAGUGGUGCAGGACGGGCGACUGGGCUGCUGCUGGUGCCGCCGGCCGCGCUGGCUGCGGCACGACGGCCAACAGCGACUGGAGCGCCUGCUCCAGCGGCGCCCUCACGGAGCUGACAGCGCUGGAGUGGCCGCCGGCCCACCAAGGCGUGCAUCGAAGGAGACGCGUCUGCGGCUGCACAGAAUGCGAGGACUGCACGUGGGCGCCACGGGGGGAGAAUACGACCACGUACACCACUUUCUGGCCGUUGCGGCGCGGUGUGAAUGCGUGGCUGCGGAAGAAUGAGGCCAGGACACGCUGGCGCUGCUGCGACAGCAACAUGAUCAACACCAAAAGCGGCGACGUCAGUGGCGUCCCAAACAGAUGCGGUGGCCUGCAUCCAGAUGCGGCUGUUUGCCCCGUUGCGGCGCUGCAGGAGGUCCUGCAUAAGCCCGCACUCCUCCGCCUCCACAAGAGCAGCGCGGGCGGGACGUAUAUGGUGCUGNGCUGCAGGAGGUCCUGCAUAAGCCCGCACUCCUCCGCCUCCACAAGAGCAGCGCGGGCGGGACGUAUAUGGUGCUGCUGCCACAGACGAUAUCAGGCGAGACUGUAG